AUGCCACCCUACCUCAGGAUAGAUGAUAGCACGACCGACCCUGAAGAUCACGAGACUCACUACGUCACCGCCGUGAAGGGCAAUGACCUUGCCAAAGAACAAGUGUCUUCCAGUUUGUUGAAAAAAUUCGGUGAAACCCUCACAGGAGGAGCGUUAACAUGGUAUUCGCAACUGCCUGCUCGCUCCAUUGAAACUUUUGAAGAGAUGGGCGACAAGUUCGUAACAGCCUAUGUUGGGGCCAAGAAGGCCCAGGCGAGAGUGAACGACAUAUUUGCUAUUAAACAGUCUCUGGGAGAGGGACUGAGGGACUUCCUCGCUCGGUUCAACCGAGUAAGGAUGACCCUGCCUAACAUGUCAGAAGGGAUGGCAGUUGCAGCCUUUCAUACCGGGCUGAGCAGGGAUGGUUCGAGGGAAACUAGAAAGCUAUUCCGACUGAUGAAGUACCCCCUAAUCACUUGGACUGAGAUACACAACGCAUAUUGUGCCGAGGUCCGAGCAGAUGAGGACGACCUCAAUGGACCAACUCAUCGACUGACCUCGGUACAGGCCGAAUCUAGAAAUGAUUCACCAAGCGGGCGAGCACCUUCACUCAGUAGUCACCUCACCUUGGCCAUUCAUCAAAUGGGAAAUGAACAUCGUGGGCCCUCUCCCAGUUGGGAGCAUUCGUCCAAAUACGUGAACAAGAAGUUAUCACCUUUAUAUGGAGAAACAUCAUAUGCUGGUUCGGCUUUCCCAAAGAGAUCAACUGCGACAACGGACCCUAGUUCACGGGAAAGAAAACUGUCGAGUUCUUUGAAAUAUGGCACAUCAAAAGAAUAUUCUCGACACCAUAUCACCCCGCGGGCAGCGGGCAAACAGAGUCCUCUAACAAGUCAAUAUUGA